GAGUGUAUAUGUGUUUGUGUGUGAGAGCGUUUUUGCGGCGGAGCGUCGCUCCAAUUUGUUGUUGGUUCUCCAACGUGUGCGGUUCGCUGGGCGCAUUUAAAUAAUUUUUAAAAUAAUUAACAAUUGUGUCGACGUCUCGCUGCUUAACCGUUAUCGUGUGUGUACCAGUGUUUUUUGUGAUUCGUGUGUGCCGUGUCCCGUUGCCCGAUUGUUUACGCAAUAUCCAGCCAACAAAAUUUUGCGGAGACCGACAUAAUAACCAUUAAAGCAAUUACAACAAUUAUAAACAACAAUAUCGAAAUGAGCAAUACAAAACGCAUGAACUUGAAAAACAAAUUUAAGCAUGCUUGAUCCAAUAUUCAGGCAUCCAGGUCUUAAUAGUGUCUACGAGAAAAGCCCCCGGGGAACAGCACCAACAACAGCAGCAUCCGCAUUUUCCCUCAUUCAGCAUCAAGUAUACGCAGAGACAAGUAUUUCUGCUCCAGCGUUUUCCAUCUGGCCGCGUUUUCCGACUCUUCUAAGUGUUUUCCCAGACCAUCAUCAACUAUUCCGCCCCGAACCGCCGCCUUCGUCAACUCGAGCCACACAUGUUGGGUAAAUUCACAUCGAACCAUGUCCAGGUCUACCACCAGUACUCGCGACCUGUGCCCGUAAAGAAGCCCGUCAAGCACCAGCCGCGUAGUUGGAUCGAGACAAACUUCCAGAAGCGCGAGUGCAUCAAAUUCAUACCAUGCCCAAAGGACGAUGCAAAAUGCUGCUGUGGCCAGGCCCAGAUCACGCAUCAGACGAUACCUGGCAUCGAGAGUGGGUCGCCCGGAGACCCCUGGCUGCCCACGAAGCACACCCGCCCACAGCCCACAGAUGCCUAUGGAACCAUCGAGUUCCAGGGCGGCGCGCAUCCCACAAAGGCCCAGUACGUUCGCCUGUCGUUCGACACGCGGCCGGAACUACUGGUGCAGCUAUUCACCAAGGAAUGGAAUCUGGAAUUGCCAAAACUUUUGAUCACUGUGCAGGGCGGCAAGGCCAACUUUGAUUUGCAGGCCAAGCUGAAAAAGGAGAUACGCAAAGGACUGCUGAAGGCGGCCAAGACCACUGGAGCCUGGAUAUUCACCGGCGGCACCAACACCGGCGUCACCAAGCAAGUGGGCGAUGCCCUGCUCCUGGAGGGUCAGCAGCGGACAGGACGAGUGGUCAGCAUCGGCAUCGCUCCCUGGGGUAUCGUGGAGCGCAAUCACGAGCUGCUGGGCCACAACCGCGAAGUGCCCUGCCACAGCAUUAGUUCGCCCAGAUCCAAGCUGGCCGUGCUGAACAAUCGGCAUGCUUACUUUCUGCUGGUCGACAAUGGUACCCAGGCCAAGUAUGGCGCCGAACUGAUCCUGCGGCGCAAACUGGAGAAAUUCAUAUCCAACCUGAAGCUUCACCCAUCAAAGAAUCACUGGCUAAAAACAAACGUCACACAUUCCAGUACGCCCGUCGUCUGCCUGGUGAUCGAGGGCGGCACCAACACGAUACGUGCGGUGCUCGAGUACGUGACGGAUUCGCCGCCGGUUCCGGUGGUCGUAUGUGACGGAUCCGGGCGUGCCGCCGACCUGCUGGCCUUCGUCCACAAAUAUGCCUCGGAUGGCGAGGAGCAGCCGGUACUGGAGUCCAUGCGGGACUAUCUCAUCGGGACCAUACAGAAGACCUUUGAAGUGGGACUGGACCAAUCCGAGAAGCUCUACCAAGAGCUGCUGCAGUGCACGCGGAACAAGAAUCUGAUUACCGUCUUUCGCAUACAGGAAAAGCCCGAGGGCGAGGCGCAGGAACUGGAUCAGACCAUCCUAACGGCCCUCUUCAAGUCACAGCAUCUCAGUCCGCCGGAGCAAUUGAGUCUCGCCCUGACGUGGAAUCGGGUGGACAUAGCGCGCAGCGAGAUAUUCGUCUACGGGCAGGAAUGGCCAAACGGCGCCCUGGACGAGGCCAUGAUGCAGGCGCUGGAGCACGAUAGAAUCGAUUUUGUCAAAUUACUCCUGGAGAAUGGCGUUUCGAUGAAGAAAUUUUUGACAAUACCGCGCCUCGAGGAGCUCUACAAUACCAAACACGGUCCGGCCAACACGCUGGGUUACAUCCUGCGCGAUGUCCGACCGCACAUACCCAAGGGCUACAUUUACACGCUCCACGACAUCGGCCUGGUGAUCAAUAAACUAAUGGGCGGCGCAUAUCGAUCCUAUUACACGCGCCGCAAAUUCCGGCCCAUCUACGCCAAGGUUAUGAACAGCUAUGCAAAUGCCUGCCGCAAGUCGUCGACCUACCAAUACCAGCGAUAUGCCGGAGCCAAUUCGCUGAGCCUGGUCACCGGCCUGCUGCCCUUCACCUCGGAAAUGGCCCUCUUCGAGUUUCCAUUCAACGAGUUGCUGAUUUGGGCCGUGCUGACCAAGCGACAGCAGAUGGCGCUGCUGAUGUGGACACAUGGCGAGGAGGCAUUGGCCAAGUCACUCGUAUCCUGCAAACUGUACAAGGCCAUGGCACACGAAGCGGCCGAGGACGACUUGGACACGGAAAUCUACGAGGAGUUGCGCUCCUACGCCAAGGAGUUCGAGAGCAAAGGCAACAAGCUGCUGGACUUUAGUUACCGACAGGAUGCGGAGAAGGCGCAAAGACUGCUUACCUGUGAGCUGCACUCCUGGUCGAAUCAGAGUUGCCUUUCGCUGGCUGUGGCGGCCAACCAUCGUGCCCUCCUCGCUCAUCCCUGUAGUCAGGUGAUCCUGGCGGAUCUGUGGAUGGGUGGACUGCGAACCCGCAAGAAUACCAACUUCAAGGUCAUUUUGGGUUUGGCGAUGCCAUUCUACAUCAGGCAGCUUGACUUCAAGUCAAAGGAGGAGUUGCAGCAGAUGCCGCAGACUGAGGAGGAACAUCUGGAAAACCAGAACCUGGACAAUGAUGACUCGGAUCGUUCGCAGCCGGAUGCCGAGAGCGCCCUUUUAAAAGCCAAAAGAUCCAUUUCCUUGAGAUAUAGGAUGGGCGCGGGUGCUAAUAAUCGCGACAAGUGCAAGCUAAUACCAGUUGAAAACAGCUCGCCCUCCUUUAAGAGUGUCUCGAAUUCAACAGAUGCUCUAUUGGCGGAUACUUACUCAGUGCGCGAUACAAAAGUACACGAAAAUGGCAAAGUUAAUCUCACUGCUGGAGCGGAAGAACAGCCCUCCAAAGUCUCACUCACCGACUCAGAUCCCGCCCAAUUCAGAGAGUUCUUCAAUCUUUCCGAGUACAAUGAGGUGAAACAGCACCAGCCGCUGCGCCUGAAAAAGAAGUUCUACGAGUUCUACACGGCACCCAUAACCAAGUUCUGGGCGGAUUCGAUUGCCUAUAUGUUCUUUCUUAUAAUGUUCUCCUUCACUGUGCUGGUGAAAAUGGACCAGAUGCCGCGGUGGCAGGAGUGGUACUCAAUAGCAUAUAUCACAACGCUGGGCUUCGAAAAGGUGCGCGAAAUAAUAUCCUCCGAACCGGUGGCCAUUACGCAUAAAUUCUCGGUGUGGGCGUGGAAUAUGUGGAAUCCGUGCGACGGAGCCGCCAUUAUACUCUUUGUCAUCGGUUUGGCAUUUCGAUUCCGGGAGAAUACGAUGGACAUUGGACGAGUCAUCUACUGUGUGGACAGCAUAUACUGGUACCUGCGUAUCCUGAACAUCCUUGGAGUGAAUAAAUACCUGGGACCCCUGGUCACUAUGAUGGGCAAAAUGGUGAAAAACAUGAUUUACUUCGUGGUCCUGUUGGCGGUUGUUUUGAUGAGCUUUGGUGUCAGCAGACAAGCGAUUCUCUACCCCAACAAACAGCCGACCUGGAGUCUCAUCAAGGAGGUUAUUGCCGGCUCAAUAACGGCGCCCGGAUUUCUAGGUGCCCUGGGGCACAAUACACGUUCCAGCUAUCAUCGUGGUUAUCAUACAAUGGGUGCUCCACCGGUGACCACCACUGCAGCCAGCACUACCACCGGUUCCAGCUCCACAGUUCCGGCGGCCACAACAUCUGCAACUCCGCCCACCCACAAUGAGCAUUCGAAUUUGACGAGCGGCAACUUGACAAAUGUCACCUUCCAGCCCUACUUCAUGCUGUACGGAGAGGUGUUCGCUGGCGAUAUCGACCCUCCCUGCGGCGAGGAUCCCAGCCAGCCGGGCUGCGUCACUGGCCAUUGGGUAACGCCGAUAACCAUGUCCAUGUACCUCUUGAUUGCCAAUAUUCUGCUGAUAAAUCUGCUCAUCGCUGUGUUCAACAAUAUCUUCAACGAGGUCAACUCGGUUUCGCAUCAGGUGUGGAUGUUCCAGCGGUUCACCGUAGUGAUGGAGUACCAGCAGAAGCCCGUCCUGCCGCCGCCCUUCAUCGCGCUGUGCCACUUCUACUCCCUGCUCAAGUACUGUGUGCGGAAGGCGAAAGGAUUGGAGGUGCAGCGGGACAAUGGUCUCAAACUGUUCCUGGAGAAGGACGACCUGGAGCGGCUGUACGACUUCGAGGAGGAGUGUGUCGAGGGAUUCUUCCACGAACAGGAAAUCAUCCUCAAUCAGUCGACGGACGAGCGGGUUAAAAACACAACGGAGCGAGUGGAGACCAUGUCUCAGAAAAUCGAGGACAUCAAUCAGAAGGAAAAUAUACAAACGGCAACCGUUCAGAACAUCGAGUUCCGAUUGCGAAAGAUGGAGGAAUCCUCGGAGCAGAUACUCUCGCACUUGGCCGUCAUACAUCGUUUCAUGUCGACACACACGGCUGGUGCGGAUGAUUUGCGCGGUUCGACGAUUAACAUUCCCGGAGAGAUGCAGCGCAUGCGCACCAUCUCGAUUUCGGACACGGAGGGCGGCGGCGGACCAGGCGGAAAUGGAGGAGGCGGUGGUGGUGGUGGAGCCAUCGUUCCACUUGGUCUGGGUGCUGGUCUGAAUUUGAAUUCGCUCCAGGUCACAACCCGGCGCCGCUUUAAUCGUUCGCUGACCGAGGUCCGGCCUGAUGCCUACAUCUUCGACGAGGGCACGCACUUUGAGGUGGUACCUCUGCCAGAGGAACCGGACGAAGUGGUCAAGUCCCGUGAGGCCCUCAACGAACAGGUGGUCCGCAAGGCGUCGAUGCAGUCGGAGGCAGACUCGGACAUCUACAUUCCCGUGUCGCAGCGUCCAUCGACCUGUGAGACAGUGAAGCGGACUCCGUACGUGACGGUGCGCCAGGAUACGGGUGCCAGCACGGAGAGCAAGGACACCCUAACGCCCAUGGGCAACAACGAUGACGACCAGACGCUCGUGGGAGGCGACAACUCUGAUGAUGCGACGCCAGACAUAAACUUUGAGGCUGCCAGACAUCGAGCACUGCGACAGCGCACGGUAUCUCUAUGCCGCCGCAACUCGGAAACGUACUCCUUAACCGGGGCGGACAUAAACCGCUCACACAUCAGCCUCAACCAGCUGGCCUCGUUAUCCCGCCGCCAGAUGAGCCUCACGCAAUCGGAACCGGACAGCGACAAAGAUGCGCCAAUGGCCCAGGGUUCUGCACAUCCGGGUAAAUCAGUAUUGCAUGCGAAACCCUCCAGAAAUAUCUUGCUGAAACUGCACAGCGAGUACACUUCGAUCACGGACGAGCUGGAGAGCGUCUGCCACAUGAUAGCAUCGCCUACGGUAUCCCUGCCAAGUAACAAAGCAUCUUUGGACCGCCCUAAAACCGAAAUGUCGCGGGCUGAGGCUGCGGCUUUGCUGGAAAAGAAGCAUCUGAAGGAGUGCGAAGAGAACGACUACAUGAUUCUGGAGGGACUGAUCGAGUCCCGCGGCUCAAUCGAUGCCAGCGCCCAGGGAUUCGAGAUUGGCGUAUCCAUAGACUACAGCCAUCGCUACCCGCUGCGCCGAGAGACCGCCGUGGAGCUGUCACCUUCGAAGCCUUCGGUAGAUGGUGACCUGAUGGGCGGUGGCGAAGGUGGCGGCGCCGGUGGAGGCGAUAGUAGCGAUACCAGCGGGGCUGGUAGCUGCGGUGCCAUGGUCGGUAUCUCGAGUGGCUUCCAGCUGAAGAACGAGCGUCCCUGGCAGCGCAACUCCUCGAUGGAGCAGCAAACGUAUCCCUCACCUUUGGUGCCCACACGGGCCACCAGUGACUUCCUCAAUCCGCCGUACGAGGGCCGGCUGUUCAAGAAGUCCAGUGAGAGCCUACAGAAAAACUCCAGCACGGAGACGGAUUACUCGGCGCAUCCGUACCGCUUCAUCAAGCAGAGCUCCAACGAGACGAACACCUCGCUGACGGGCUCCUAUAAUGUGGACACUCCCUCGCUGACGGCGGAGCCCUCGUUGGACGCCGGCGACUCGCACUCGGCGACGGGAAUAAGCAUCAGCGUUGGCGCUGUGGGCGGCGCUGCCACGGCGCGUUACCAGCCCAUCCGUACCGCCUCGGUAGGCGCUGCCGAUGGUAGGCGUUUGCGGGAGGAGAGCUCUAGUUCGCUGGAUCUUAGCUCCUCGGGGCCAGUGACGAUGCAGGCAGCGCCGGCACCGCCAGUGCGUCCGAUGCUGCUAAAGAAACAGUUUAGCGUGGACCAGGGUAAGCCGUCUCAGACGGCCGCCGAGGCAGUGCCUCAGACACCGGAGGCGGCCCAGGCUGGUCAGGCCAAACUGAUUUCCACGCUCAAGCCGCAGCCCUUUGCGAGCAAGUUGGGCAUGAAUGUGCUGAAGGAGAGCAGCUCUAGCACGGAUGAGUCCGUCGGUUCGUCAGCCAAAAGCAGCAACCCGGCGCUAUCCAUACCCCAGAUCAGCACCCACCUGGUGCAGGACGAGAUCGCCAAACUAUCGUCGAAUAUCAAGAGCAGCACCGAAUCGGAAAAGGAUCCGCCGUUCAACGAGACAAUGUGUUAGCAAAGUGGGAGGACGACGACAAUGGAUCGUGCGUGUCCCACACUGUGCUCAAUGGGAAAACUAGUCAUAAGAGUGGGGUGAUAAAUAAGUUGUUGGAUCAGAUAUCAGAGAUUAUGCAUAUUUAUUCGAGGGGUUGCCAGUUAAGUACGUGUUAAUGAUUUUGACAAUACAUAGUUCACAAAUUCUCUGUAUUUUUAUACAAGUAUUUAUUUAGAAAGCCUCAUUGCUGUUGUUGUACACUAUUAAGGCAAACGCAUAGAAUAUCUGUUUUCGUUUAAUGUCAAUACAAUAGGUACCACCAAAAAUAUGCAUAUUGAAGCGCAUGAGUUAUGCGAUGCACAUAUUCACAUACUCGGUACUUUUAAAAACUCCUAGAUGUAGUCAGCCAUACAUAUUGCAACGUUGCAAGCAACUUUCACACAGACAUAUCUAAAUGCAACCACUCUACUUUAUCCAAGCCUAUCAUGAGCACUUACCUCAGCUCAAUUAGAAACCUAUCGCAGCUCAAUGUACUUAUGCCUGUCCCUGUCGGAGUUCCAUAUUGUAGUCUACGAGGUUCACUACGAUAUGAGCUCUUUGGCAAUGUGUGUGUUAUCAUAUGUGUAUAACGUCUUCUUAGAUAUUACAUUUUACUUGCUUAUAAGGGGGAAAUUCGUGUAUUUUGUGUGCAACUGUCCUUUUCGGCGGCAUAGAUAUUAUUGUACAUAAAUAGACUAAAUGUUAUAGGUAUGUUUAAAGAUUGCUAAAAUUGUUCAUGUUUGGCCAAUAUGUGCUAGUAAUUUAAAUUAGAUUUUUAAAUAUUUUCAAGGAUUAAGAAUAACAAUGCAUUUUAAUAAAAUAUUUAUGAUUGUACUUAUUUAUGUUAAGAAUUGUACGUUAUUUUUAUUGAAAUAAAUUAUUAACACUUAAAAAUUUAAAA